UCCAGGGAGCCGGGAGGGGAGAGAGGAGGCGGCGGGGCGGAGCCGUCCCCGCGCCCCCUGCAGGCGCCCGGCCGAGGGCGAGCCCGCCGAGCCCCGCCGAGCCUGACCGCACCGCCCCCGGCGCGCCUGGCGCUGUCUGGCCGGUCGCUCGGCCCGCCGGGUGGAAGCUACGAGCGCGCUGCCAGCGGGGCUCCUCGGAGGCGGCGGGGCAGGCCCGAGCUGGGCUCCUGUGGCCGGGGUGGGAGGAGAAGAGGCCGCGCGGCACGGGUGAGUGCCCAGGUGAGAAGAAACAUCAGAAGCAGUUGAGGGACCAGGAAGUGGGUCCUCUAGCAAUGAGGAGACAUUCUGCUGGAUAGCUUUUUAAAAUGUUUCCUCCAAAGUCAUCUGCCUCAUUAACAACGGUUUUUGUCUUAGAAGCCUCUGAUUUUAUUAACUGACAUGACUUCUUGUUCUAUUAUGAAUACAUGCUGCUUUCAUCCUUCAAUAAGCCCAUCAUACAUUUUCAGCAUGCUGCCUAUAGGGACUUCACCAGUGCUGCCAUGCUGGCCCCAGGCUGUGAGUUGGACCCAGACCGAGAAGUGGUGAGGACAAGGCCUGAAGAUGUGCCUGCUUCCCCUUCACCUUCCACCAUGAUUGUAAGUUUCCUGAGGCCUCCCAGCCAUGCUUCCUGUACAGCCUGUGGAACUGUGAUGACUAUUCACAUAGUAGAGAGAAUGGCUUCAGUUAUACCUGUCUCCAAUAGUUCCAUGAGAUCUGACAGGAAUACAUAUGUUGGAAAAAGGUUUGUUCAUGUUAAAAAUCCUUACUUGGAUUCGAUGGAUGAAGACAUUCUCUAUCACUUGGAUUUGGGAGCAAAAACACACAACCUACCAGCAAUGUUUGGAGAUGUAAAGUUUGUCUGUGUCGGUGGGAGCCCCAACAGAAUGAAAGCAUUUGCACUGUUUAUGCACAAGGAGCUCAGGUUGGAGGAAGCUGAAGAAGACAUAAAAGACAUCUGUGCUGGGACAGACAGAUACUGUAUGUACAAAACCGGGCCUGUGCUCGCCAUCAGUCACGGCAUGGGCAUCCCCUCCAUUUCUAUUAUGCUUCAUGAACUCAUCAAAUUACUCCACCAUGCACGGUGCUGUGAUGUCACCAUUAUUAGAAUUGGUACAUCAGGGGGAAUAGGGAUUGCCCCAGGGACUGUGGUAAUAACGGAUAUAGCUGUAGACUCCUUCUUUAAGCCCCGGUUUGAACAGAUCAUUUUGGACAACAUCGUCACUCGAAGUACUGAACUUGACAAGGAACUGUCUGAAGAACUGUUCAACUAUAGCAAAGAAAUCCCCAAUUUCCCAACCCUCAUCGGACACACAAUGUGUACCUAUGAUUUUUAUGAAGGCCAAGGCCGACUAGAUGGAGCACUGUGCUCCUUUUCCAGAGAAAAAAAGUUAGAUUACUUGAAGAGAGCAUAUAAAGUUGGUGUCAGGAAUAUCGAAAUGGAAUCUACAGUGCUUGCAGCUAUGUGUGGACUCUGUGGUCUAAAAGCUGCUGUGGUCUGUGUGACACUUCUCGACAGACUCGACUGUGAUCAGAUCAACUUGCCUCAUGAUGUCCUGGUGGAGUACCAGCAACGGCCUCAGCUCCUAAUCUCCAACUUCAUCAGACGGCGGCUUGGACUUUGUGACUAGACGUCCUAACUGGGCAGCCCAACCCUCCCCUGAAAGUUUGUAGCUCAAGUUGUAAUGGGAAAGUCAUAUUUUAUUUGCGGCAUUUUUACAUAGUUCUCAUCCACAUGCUAAAUGGAAAGACUUUAUGAAAUCCUCUCUUAAAAAGGAAUUUAUUGUAAAAGAAUUUAAUACACUAAAUUAAAUUCAAAUUUCAUUUUAGAAUAAGUUAACUAAAUCAGUCUAAUAAUUAAAAUUUUAAAACUCCUGGAUUAUGACAUUUGGAGUUUCAUAUGCAGCAUUAAUUAAGCUCACAUCAAAAUAGACCAACCAUUUGCAGAUACAGUUACCAGUCACUCUGUUUCUGAAACCAAUCCAGAAAUUCAUGUUAGAACAUUGUCAGGCACUUCUAGGUAUUGGACAAGUGACAGAAACCGAUCAUCCAUAUUCAAAAUAUUUACAGAAAAAAGUGUCAGUGAAAUGUAGGUCUAUAUGGAAAAGUUACCAUUAGGAAAAUAUGGCCAUACUUCUUUUUUACCCCUGCACAAUUUCAGUGCACCACAGAAUAGGAUUCAAGAUUUACAUAUGCCUGUUUGUGAUUUUAUCUCAGAAUAUAACAACUCUGGAUUACAUUUUCCUCUCAAUUGAAAACCCUCAGUAAUGCAAAGAAAGGCCUUCCUUUUUCUUCAGAAUCACAAGUGACUGAAUUGCCUUCUAGUCAUUUUUUCUUGUAAAAAAAGUGUUUUGAGGAGGCUGUAUUUUUUAUUUCAUUUCAAUAUUAACCAAAUAGGCUGAGAAAUUCAUAGCAAUUGAAUUAAGACUUGAGUUCAAGAUGUUAAAGGAAUCCUUUUGUGUGACUUGUCCAGACCGGCCUAUUGCCCUACCCGUUUGAUUCUCUGGGAGGCAUGGUGCUCCUCCUGGCUGCACAUGCUCUCUGUGAACUGACUGCAUCUUGGGUUCUUCUCAAUUUGACACACUUGGGAGUUGGAAUGACUGGAUGGGGGAUGGGUGGAGGAUGACUGGCACACUUGUAUAGUAUGUAAUGUUGUGUACAUAUUAUUUAUACGGUUGUGGCUCAAGUAAAGUUUAAUUCCAACACAGUACAGAUUAUUUGGGUCCCAGAGCCAUUGUCACACAUGACCGAAUAGAGGCUUGGGGCAGGAAACAUGUCCUAGGCCAGUUGAGUCUGAAUUGGCCUGCUCCUGGGUGGGGAAUGGCUUUCUCUUUUAAGCAAUGACAAUAAACAAGAGGUAUUUAUCAUCACCUAUAAACAACCCCCCAAGAGGUACAUUGGUUUGUGAACUUCUUUUUGGCACUAGAGACACUUUAAGUGCCGUUUUCAGGGUAUCCCAAUAAUUGACCAUCAAAUUCAAAGAUCAGAGCUAAAACCAAGCUAGAAUAGCAUGGCCGUCAUUUUCUGAUGGGAUUUUUACUUUGUUUCAUGUUUUUUUAGACCAUGUACUGCAAACCACCUCAGAGAGGCUUCAGUUUGAACUUUUAUCUGCCUGCUCCUGGACAAUCUUUUUUUUUUUUUUUUUUUUUUAACAGGGAGAAGGAGAGGCUAUGAGAGGGAGAAGAAUGAAAUAAUUACAGUUAAUCUUCUUCUUAACUCCUGCGAGGAGUGUGUGUGUGCGCGCAGGUGCGUGCAUGCAUGCAUUUUUGUCUGUGUGUUCCUCACUGGUAUUUCCUAUCUCAGUAAACCAUAUCGCUUGCACAAGCCAGAAACCUGGGAAACCCCUGUGAUGAUUCUUUCUCCUUAAUUCCCACAGCCAGUCAAUCACUAAGUCUUAUUAAUUGAUCCUCCUAAAUAUUUCCCCAGUCUGUUCAUUUCCUUCCAUCUUUUUGGCACCCAUCCUAGUCCAGGCCACCAUGAUCUCUCCUCCAGAUCACUGAGGAAGCCUCGCUCCUGAUCACUCUGCCUCCAUUCUUGAAGUUUGAUUGGGUUAUUUUCCUGCUUCAAAGCCUUCACAUUGGUCUUAGAAUGAAGACCAAAGCCCUCUGCGCAGCUUAGGCAUUCCCGACUGGGCCCAGCUUGGUAGCCCAGCUCACCUUACCCACUUCUUCCCGUUGUGUCUGCCCUCCAGGCACAUCACCCUUGGUUCUUCAGUCUUACCCAAGGCACAAAUUCACAAAGGUACAAUCCCUUGGGAAGGACUGCCAACAGAUCCAUCCAAUGGGGGUGCUUAGCUGGGGGACAAGUGGGACUGAGAUCCACCCUGUCCAGCUAGCUGUGAGACCUGGACAGGGUGAAUCUCAGUCCACCCUGAGCCACAUCAACUGAGAGGGGCCUUUUCCUGAUUUAUACAACAGUUUUAUAUGGGAUAGUGGGUACUCUUAGUGCCAAUGUCCCUUCUCAUUUCAGAGCCUUUUGCUGUCUACUCUCCCUGAAGGGCCCUCGCUUAACUCAUGCUCAUGGUUUAAAUCUCAACUCAGAGAUCCUUUCCCUUAGAAAGUCUUUCUAAUCCUCAAACCAGAUUCCUUCCAUGCUCACCUGUAGGCCCCCUCCACAGCCCCCUCGACUACUUCUUCAAAGUACACAGCUUGCAACUAUGUCAUGAUUGGGGUCAUUAUUUAAUUAAUGCCUACUGUCUACACUAUAGGGUUCUGGAGAACAAACACUGCACAUAUUUUAUUUGCUUCUAUCGCUCCAAGCACCUAAAACAUCACCAGACACAUACUAGGCACUCAAUAAAUACUUGUCAAGUGAAGAUGAAUCCUUUUCACAGCAUUUCCCUUGUAAACUCUCACUAUAAUCUCACAGUCUUUGCAAGACUCAUACUUUCCUUAUUCAGUCCUGCUCAGCACAGCUCUCCCUGGCUGUUCCGCCCGCUACAUCUCACUCUGUGGGGAGGAAAGUCCUCUGUACCUUCAGUGUUUAUCUGUGGCAGUGUCUAGAACCGCUUGUUUUCUCAUAUACACACAACUUUCCCCUCUGUCAAAACCGAGCCCCAAAUUCACCUCCUUUGGGGAGGUCUCCAACUUCAAUUUUCCCUCAAGUCAUCAUUUCUUCCCUCCUUCCUUUAGAACUAGAUUUGCACUGGGAAGACAGGAAUUUGUUCUCAUGCAGAUGCCGUGUUGAGAACAUUUAACCUUUUUCAUGUUCCUGGGCUGUCUUCAUUUGGGAGGCUCACAUUUCCUUUGUACUCUUAGCGUGUCAUAGAGUUUUGUUCUCUACAGGUAUCUUCUGACUGCUUACCUAUGCACGCUCUAGGUCUGGGCACUGGCUUUUUACCUCACCUGUAACAUGCUUCUCUACUCAUUCUCUCUUGCCCUCUUUGAACACCCUUCAAGAAGCGAAUUGGCCUGCAAAAACCCUCUUCUGGUCAUUUCUAUGUAUAUUUGUGUGCAUUUUUUGUAUGUUUUUUCCUUUGUUCAUUCAUUCAUUAUAAACAUAUAUUCCUCCUUCUUCCCCAGUAGAAUCUGAGACAGCUUACAAAGUUGAAUAACAGCACAUCAAGACAGUAUAAGUUAGAACUAACUGGGCAAGAAAAGGAAAAGCAAAGGGAAGGGGCAUCAACUGGUACAAGCCUGAAGCUUGUGCUCCUGUGCAUUCCAUAGUGUCUGUGCAUCAGCAGAACGUGGGCCCUGAAUUGGCUUGGGGCCAGCUAGUGGUUGCCUCAUAAAGAGAACAAAUUUACAACAUCUCUAAAAUAAAAAUGCAAACUAAUGAUCAGGAGAAGAACAACUAGUCCUGAUUCUAAGAGGCCACAGUGUGUAGAGAUGAGCAUGGAUCUCAGACCGCCUGGGUGUGGAGUUAGGGGAUGAGCCCCAGUUGGGGGUCAGUGUGUUCAUUCCAGGACACCGCCCUGAGGUUCUCAACAUGGGUGCAUACUAGGAUCACCAGGGAAGUCUUUUGAAAACA